AUGCAACUAAUUGCAUCCAACACAUCUAUACCCGUGCCAAAGAUUUAUUGCGCCUUUGAACGGAAGGGUAUCAUCUAUAUCGUGAUGUCUUGUGUCGGGUCAACAACAAUUGGCCACAACUGGUCCGAGCGAUCUGAUCAGUCUAAGAGGCUGCUCUUACAGCAGCUGACGGGUUACAUUGAGGAGAUGCGCGCAUUGAAACCUCCAGCACCUGGUGUAGUUGGGGGCGUGAAUGGCUCUAAACUCUAUGACCCACGGAUUCCUGAUGGUGUGCAAGGAUUCGGACCAUUUGAUACCAUUUAA